AUGGGCGGUUGUGAGGCUGUGAGAGGUAUGGGCAAUGGGGUGGGAAGAGAAAUGGGUUGGGCAAGAACCAGCGAGAGGACAAAACUUCUUUUCUUUGAAGUUGAAAGGCAUAUUGGGCCAUUCAAUCUAAGUCAAAAAGCCCUGCUGCUGCUGGUGGAGUUUUUCAUUGGAGCCUCUGAAAUUUGUGGUCAUUUACGAUAUGUGGUUGAUUAUGCAUGCACUCCUGAAGAAGUGCAGCAACAUUUCCAGUCCUGUGGUACUGUAAACAGGGUAACUAUUCUGACGGACAAGUUUGGCCAACCAAAGGGUUUUGCUUAUGUGGAAUUUCUUGAACUAGAAGCUAUUCAAGAGGCUCUACAACUGAAUGAAUCUGAAUUACAUGGCCGUCAACUGAAGGUUUUGCCUAAAAGGACCAAUGUUCCUGGGAUGAAGCAGUAUCGUGGAAGGCGUUUCAAUCCUUACAUGGGAUUCCGGGGUAGGAGGCCAUAUGUACCUCCGUAUUUUUACUCCCCGUAUGGAUACGGGAAGGUUCCUAGGUUCAGAAGGCCAAUGCGAUACAUGCCCUACUAUUAGUAGACUCUGCUUGUGUUAAAAGAGGAUUGAUAUUUAAAUUUUAUGGAUGGUUACAUCCAGGAAUUUCAGUUUUAUGUACUGUGUUUUAGAUACUCGUUUGUUAUUUAUGUCAUGCAUGGUCAACUUUAUCAACAUAAAAAUUAUUGAAUUUCUAGUGGAGCUUAGACAAUGAAUCAGUUCCAGGCAUGCCAUUGUGGGAAACGUAGAUCAUGGAAUUUUCUUGUUAAAGACCUUUGCAAUUUAAUUAACUUCUU